UAUCCCACCGCGGGCUACGCUUCUCAGUCGCUGCAGUCACGCUCUCUCCCUCUCUCGUGCGUUGCAGCCAAUGCUCUACUCACCCCAAUGCACUGGCGAAGCGCGCUCUCAGGAGAGCCUGUGCACGAGGCGGGAGGUAUGCACGUCAGCUGCCCGCGAGUCAGUGAGGGUCUCUCUACUACCGGCUGCACGCAGACCCGGUAGGCUAGGAAAAUGAAAUAGAAGUCACUAACUUGCAAGGGCAAUAUACCUGCUCCCUUUUGGAACGACUGGAGAUCUUUAUUUUGCCUUUCAUUUCGUAUAAGCUGUUGCACUGGAUUUUCCCAAUUUCUAAAUAACGGGAGCAAAAAUGGAUUUCGAGGAAAAACCAACUGUACAAUAACGUUAAAUUGCACAAUUUUAUUCUUGCACAACGACUUGGUCAGGUGCGGAUGCUGAGGUUUGGUGCCUUGAUUUAAAACAUUUUAUGUCAGUACUUUUGCCGGAAUUGGAAUUAUACGCAUGGAGAAGGCUACGCCGCCACAGUCUCUGGUUCAGCUGACGAUGUCCAAGAGCGCCGAAAGUCCGGCGGAGGAUAUCUCCAAGCUGUCGGACGAGGAUCUGUUGAAGUGGAGCAAGGAGGACCUUGUGCGGAGACUCCGAAGGGCGGAAGCUGACAAGAUGAGUAUAAUUUUGGAACACGGGAAUUUGAUCCGCGAGGUGAACCGCAGCCUCCAGCUCCACCUGAACGAGAUCAGAGGGCUAAAGGACGUGAACCAGAAGCUGCAGGAGGACAACCAGGAGCUGCGCGACCUGUGCUGUUUCCUGGACGACGACCGGCAGAAGGGCAAGCGGGUGUCGCGGGAGUGGCAGCGGCUGGGCCGCUACAGUGCCGGCAUCAUGCGCAAGGAGGUGACGCUCUACCUGCAGCGGCUGAAGGAGCUGGAGGCGCGCCAGGAGGAGGUGCUGAAGGAGAACCUGGAGCUGAAGGAGCUGUGCCUGAUGCUGGACGAGGAGAGGGGGUCCGGCGGGCCGGCGGGGGGAGGGGCGGGGGGCUGCCGAAGCUCCAUCGACAGCCAGAGCAGCCUGCUGGUCCCCGGGGCGGGGCUCCUGCGGGACGUCGGGGACGGGAGCAGCACCUCCAGCGCCGGGAGCACGGACAGCCCCGACCACCUGCACCACAAGCAGCAGCUCCCCGACCACCUGCAGCGGGGGCCCCGCGGGGCCGGGGGCCCCGGGCUGUGCGGGGAGGGCCCCUGCCCCGAGCACCCGGGCCGGCUCCGGAGCACCAGCCUGGACUACCCCUUCACCAUCCCGCCGCCGUCCCGCCCCCGCUGCGGCUCCGUGUCCAGCCCCGACCACCGGUCCCUGCGCGGCCACAGCCCCGAGAAGCUGGGCAAGGGCUUCGGCCGCCGCAGCCCCGAGCAGAGGCCCCCCCACAAGCUCCUCCUGGGCUCCUGCCCCGGCAGCCCCGAGCACUACCCCAAACACCGGGGCGGCGGGUUGGGGAGCGCCUGCGGCAGCCCCGAGCCCAAGCAGUCCCUGCCCGGGACGCCCGACCACCACCAGAAGGGCCGGGUGGGGCUGGGCAGCCCCGAGCCCCUCAGGCACCAGUACGGGCCCGGCGGCGGGGAGCACGUCAAGUUCGGCAGCCCCGGCAGGGAGGCCCCGCAGAGGAGGCCCGUGGGAGACGAGCUGUCGCCGCAUCACCGGAGCCUCUACAACGGCAUGAACGCUUUGAUAUCGGCGGGUUGCUGCACUACGAACUGCAGAAGUGUAAAGCUUUGGGACAGCUUCGACGCGUCCUCUUGACCCUAGCCCUCCCCGGACGUGCGCUGAGAGGUUUUUUCGCCAGUCCCCUUCAGAGGCGAAACCCGGUGAACCCCGCCCCCCACACCCCCCACCCCCCCACUCCCCCCCCCCUCCUUGAAUUACCGCGUCGACGUCCAGCGGAAGCACCGAUUCGCCGCGAUCCUCCAAGCUCUUCUCCCAUUGGCCCACGAUCUUCAUACCUCUCUCUUAUGUUCCAUUCCUACAUAUCAAACAAAAAAAAAACAAACAAAACAAAAUAAAAAUUAAAAAAAAACCUGGAAUCGCCAUCCUUUUAGGACAUGGACUAAAAUCCCCGGGACUGCCAAGCGGAUUAAUGAGUGAGACGUGGGAUUUUUCCUCUGCCAACUACAAAGUUUCCUACCUCGCGCGAAGAAAAGAAAAAGUUACAAAAAAAAACGUAAAGUGUUGGAAACGAUUGAAGUGGGACGCGAAAACAGUCCACCCUUAUUGUUUACAGUCAACUGGAGCGGUUAUGUGCUGGGGGUAAUUCAUCUUCUGAUAAUUCUCUCUCUCUCAUUCCUCAGUCUGCUGCGCUCUCUCUCACCACCCCCCCCCCCACCCCCCU